AUGUUUAUGAUCAGAAACGUCAGCAAAUAUCUUUUCGGAGACGCUUCCAAGGAGGUCAUCACAGAAAUUCCUCAGGGCCAACUCUACCUCGUCCGUCCUCUCUCCCCUAAAGGUUACUCUGAACUCAUCUACAAAGACGCUGUCGCCACCAUCAGACGCACGGGGCAAGAUCAUCAGUACCAGCUCGUUAUACAGCGUGCGUAUGAGGAGGGCGAGGAAGAACUUGCUGAGGACGACGAGGACGCAGGCGGUGAGGGUCUGGACAAGGACGAGAAGACCUUCCUCCUUGAUCAGAGUCUACAUUUCAGAUCAGAAAGGCGGUCGGGCGGCGAAACGGUCUUAGCUUGGCGCGACCUAAGCGGUGACCCUGGAGAUCUUUAUGAAUUUGUUUGUGACGCUUCAGUCCAGGAAGAAAAGAUCCACACUUUUCUUCUAGCUGCGAUCGACUGUCAAUUCGAAAGAAAAUACCGGAGGUCUGCUCAGAAGGCUACAGAGGCUGAACUACAAGAAUUCUACUUUGACUCAGACGACGCGAUCCCCGCUGCUAGCUCGGUAUCUGCGCCUCUCGACCCAAAACCAACAUCCAGAGAAUCGGCACAGAGAAUGGCGAAGGAUGUUAGAACACCGAAGACAUCAAACCAAUCCAAAGCGAGAGACACUGGCGCCACGGAAGCUCCACCAGCGAAAUCCGCUCCAAGCUCUGGAGAAGUUCUCACCAAGCAAACCGGAGAGCUCCAUCUCUUCGAUUUCCCGUCAGGAACUUUCGUCCUCCAAGAUCUAUCCGUAACUGCUGUUGUGACAGAUCUCGGAGGCUGGCAAUACUGGCUUCAAAUAACGAGUUCUACCGGCAGGGAAUGGCUAGGUCAGGCCAUUGUGCCCGAUAUCAAUCCAGUCUUCAACUUCGACUAUCUGUCUGCAAUUUUCAACCACUACACCGACGAUGGCUCUGCUUACUCUUGGUUGCUACGAUUCAAAGACCAGGCGGUCUUGGAGAACUUUCAAGAGGGCGUCAUGCAGGCUUUGUGGGAGCAAUUGAACGAGACGAAAUGGUCAAAAGUGAAAGAUCAGGAACGUGAAUACGUCUUGGAAGCCUUCAAUGAUAUGACUAUGAAUGAUGCAAAUGAAGAGGAGGGGGCUGAAGAAGAUGAGGAAGAAGAAGAGGAAGAGGAAGGAGACCGUCCGCGAAGUGAACGCUAUGAUGAGGACGAAUCUGAGGAUGAUGUUGAGCUGGACAACCAAGACGGAAACGUCAAUUCUCAACUGGCAGUUGGAACUAAACAUGAUCGAUCAUUCGUUAUUCGCGGCUCCAAGAUUGGUGUCUUCAAGCACCUGCCCAACAAACAUCUCGAAUUCACCACCAAUAUAUCCAAGGUCCAGACUCCCAAGGGCAAGCUCUUCUCACCCACUAAGGUCAUGCUGCACCAAGAAGACCAGAACAUGGUGCUGCAAGACCCCAACAAUCCCCACUCACUCUAUCGCAUGGACCUCGAAUAUGGCAAGGUUGUGGAUGAGUGGAAGGUCCACGACGACAUUGCUGUAAGCAACUUUGCGCCAGAAACAAAGUUCUCUCAGCGGACGUCAGCGCAACCAUUCAUUGGUCAUAGCAAGAAUGCCCUCUUCCGCAUUGAUCCCCGUGUCUCUGGCAACAAGCUGGUAGAAGCACAGCUGAAACAAUACCUCUCUAAAAACGACUUUUCCGCGGCUGCAACGACCGAAAAGGGAUACAUCGCACUGGCAUCCAACAAAGGUGAUGUCCGACUCUACGACCGUCUCGGUAUCAACGCCAAAACCCAGAUUCCAGCCCUGGGCGAAGCAAUUAUCGGUCUCGACGUCAGUGCCGAUGGUCGCUGGGUGCUCGGAACCUGCAAAACCUACCUCAUCCUGAUUGAUAGCUUACAAAAGGAUGGCAAAAACGAAGGCAAAUUAGGCUUUGAGAAACCCUUUGCAAAGGACUCAAAACCUCAGCCCCGCCGCCUCUGCCUGAGCCCGAAUCAUGCAGCACAGUUCCAACACGAAACAGGCCAAGGCAUUUCUUUCACGCGUGCCCACUUCAACACCGGCGUUGACAGCCAAGAAACUAGCAUCAUCACUUCCACUGGCCCUUUCCUGGUCACCUGGUCCCUAAAGAAGGUUCUCGAUGGCAAGAAAGACCCCUAUCAGAUCAAGCGCUACGCAGCAGAAGUCAUGGCGGACAAUUUUGAGUUUGGCAGUGACAAGAACGUUAUCUUGGCAUUGCCUAAUGAAGUGGACAUGGUGAGUCGGAAGAGCUUCAAGAGGCCUACCAGGGAGAGUAUUAUGGGCCCAGCAGCGAGGAUUUCUGGGGUGGGCAUGACGCCGAGGAGAUGCGGGAGGCAGAGUCAUUUGAGAGACGAAAUCGUGAAUAGUCCUUACUAG